CGUACAGCUUCCUAGUCCACUGUAUGUCUUAUACACAGACACAGAAUUGGAGCAAUCACGAAGCACCUUUUCUGAAAAGCAGCGCGCUGGAGAAGAAGGAGACUACGUCCUUUCCAAAGAUCUUCGCUGUCGAUUAAUCAGGAAUACAGUCACAAGCAUGCUUUCCAUUAAAAGAGCAGCUGGGGAUGACUUUAACUAUCCAUGCAGCCGUGAACUCACUGUAAUGGCGAAGCGUCUAAUCGAGUACUACCCAAUGCUUCGGGACAGAUCUCAAAACAGUAGAGCUGAGUGGGAAACUGUGAAAAAGCAGCUUUUGAAAAGGGUCCAGAAUGUGACAACCCCCAAAAAGAAGCAGGGUUCAACUCCUUCAAGAAAGAGGCCUAGGAGUUUAAGCUUUCAGAGCAGCCAUGAGACGUCCACUGAUGAGACUGAUGAAUCCACCGCAUCAACCUUGAUCUUGGAGAGAUCACCACCAUCUCGAUGCAGCGCCCCGGAGGUUGAACAGUUAUGUGCAUCAGAAACUGAGAGCCCACAGUCCCAGGCGAGACACGAUAAGACUCUACAGGCGAUGUAUAAAACCAAGGCCAGACCAAACAAGAUGGAUGUUGCUCAGCUCCUGGACCUCGAAAUCCAAGCGAGAAGGGCCUUCAUUGACUCUGAUGUUACAAAGGAGCAGGACAGGCCUUCCAAGAUUCUUAAAGCUUAUCCUUGCUUUGGAGAACUGGAUCAUCUAAUGGAUGAACUACGGCGGGUCCUCAAUCAAGGCAACUCCCACUUCUUAACGGAACUUAAGACCCGGUGGGGGACCUUUUGUGAGAGGGCACAGUUUUAUGGAGUUUUCAAAAAGCUCACGAGGCGUCCGCAGCUUGACAAAGGUGAUUAUUGUCUCUGA